CACAGAACUCGUCUUUUCUCCUUUCUCUUUUCCCCCUCGCCUCACUCACUCACUGCCAGUACAGUACAAUCCCUCCGCUCUUUAUUCCCCUCGCCUCCGACUCGCCCUUGUCCCCUUGCGUGUCCGUCCCGCGGUCAUGGAUCAAGAAACCUCACGAGAACCCCGCCGCUCCAGCCGUAUGUCGCCGCAUUAGUCGGGGGGAGGGCCCAGUCCCCGCCGGAUCGCUCCUCGCGAUCGCAUUGCAUGCGCGCCUCUUGAUCUUGUCUUUAUCCUGGACACGGAUUGGUUUCCGUCGCCGGAUUCGGAGCGGCGGCAUUCUGGUUGGUUGGUACGGAGCCGCGUCUGAGGAGGAGGAGCGAUGGUCGGCGACGGCGCGCGGUCGGCAGUCGCCGCCGGGGUCCAAGACAUCGAGCUCGGCGAGCGGCGCCGCGGUGAUGAGUUCCUGGACGACGACGGCGAGGAGGAGGAGGAGGAGGGCAGCCAGUACUUCACGGACGCGGAGGACCGGUCGUGGCCCUCGCACUCGCGCCACGAGUCCGCCGCCUUCGAGGACUGCAUCUCGCGGUGCUCCUGCGGCGGCGCCGACAGCGACGCGGACAUCGAGGCCGGCGGCGGGCACUUCAGGAAGUCGUCCUGCGUGUCCGAGUGCUCGCUGGACGACGUCGACCUGGAGGCCGGGCUGGCCGAGAGCGCCAAGGGCAGCCCCGACCCCGAGAAGGCCGAGAGGAACUGCCGCAUUUGCCACCUCGGCCUCGAGAGCGCGGCGGCCGAGUCCGGCGCCGGCAUCACGCUCGGCUGCUCCUGCAAGGGCGACCUCUCCUACUCCCACAAGCAGUGCGCCGAGACCUGGUUCAAGAUCAGAGGCAACAAGACCUGUGAAAUUUGCAGCUCAGUCGCAUGCAAUGUGGUAGUUUUAGGCGAUCCAGAGUUCACCGAGCAGUCGAAUGAAUCAACUACCGCAGCAGCCGGGCAUACAUUUCCAACCGAAACUAGGAGGUUUUGGCAAGGGCACCGGUUCCUCAACUUCCUUCUAGCAUGCAUGGUUUUCGCCUUCGUCAUCUCAUGGCUCUUCCACUUCAAUGUCCCGGGGUGAGUUCUCGCAGCCAAUGGCCCCUCAAUAAAAGCCACAGGGCCAUUGAGGCAAACAUGUGGGUCAGAUUCAGCAAAUCUGGAGAGCGGGAUGAGGUGAAGUUAUUAAGCAGUGAAGAGGUACAAAUGAGUGUGUAUGUGGGGCGCGACGGCCUUAAGUUUCUCUGGAUCAGGAUCCGGUACGAAAGAAGCCCUGAUGAAGAUCUGCCGCCGUUCAUGAAUUUGGGUGAAGGUAGCAAACAGCGAAGAAGAGAAGGUGUGUUGUUCCGGGAUUGUUUUAGGUUUGAAGGACAUGUUUUAUGUUAGUGUCGUCGUUUCCUUUAGCUUGGCCGUUUUCGCCUUGUGAGUUGGUGUGAUAUGUGCAGAUUUUGUUUUAUGCCUUCCAUCCAGUGUUUAUAAUCCUGAUAAACAGGAUGAGGUGGUAGCUGUGCUUAGCAGGAAGAGAAACCCCACUGCCAGCUCAGGUUCCGAAUAAUGAAGAGAAAAUGUUUUUGA